UGAAACAUAGUAGUCCCUAUGUGAACUAUAAUUAGAGUUGCAUCGGCACGCUCCAGCGACGUAACUUUACCUGAACGCCCCAAAUUAGGAGCGCAGGCGCAUCGGCCUACGCGCCGCCCGCCCAACGUUCCAUAUUUCGCUACAUUCUUUUAACCGAGCUACCGCUGCAUUCGCUGGAAGCCCGCCCGGCCGAUAUACCGCCCGAUAUACGUGCUUGUUGAGCAAUAAAGUGAUAAGUUAAGCGAGCACAAUGCCUUUCAAACCAGCAGAUAACCCUAAGUGCCCAAAAUGCGGCAAAUCAGUAUACGCAGCUGAGGAGAGAGUCGCCGGAGGACUCAAAUGGCACAAAAUGUGCUUCAAGUGCGGCCUGUGCCAGAAGUUGCUGGACUCUACCAACUGCUCAGAACACGAAGGUGAACUGUACUGCAAAGUGUGCCAUGCACGUAAAUUCGGACCAAAAGGCUACGGCUUCGGUGGUGGUGCUGGCUGCCUGUCCAUGGACACUGGUGACCACCUGAAGGCUGAGAAUGCGGGCGUAAGGACUAACGGAGCUUGUCUCGAGCCACGCGUUAUUGCCAAGGCGCCUCCUGGGGAAGGAUGCCCACGAUGCGGUGGCUACGUAUACGCUGCCGAGCAGAUGUUAGCCAGAGGCCGGGGCUAUCACAGGCGAUGCUUCAAAUGCUUAAAUUGCAACAGGACCCUUGAUUCAAUGAUGCAUUGUGAUGGGCCAGAUGGUGACAUUUACUGUAGAGGAUGCUACGCACAAAGAUUUGGUCCAAGAGGUAUAGGACAUGGGGGAAUGUCAAGCCUGGGUCUUAUGUGUGAUAUUAAGGACAUGGAAUGGCAAAGUGACCAAGCACCCAAGACUACGGUAAUCGAUACCGCUUCCAUCAAAGCGCCACCCGGCAAGGGUUGCCCCCGAUGCGGCGGUGUUGUGUUCGCAGCUGAACAAGUGCUGGCGAAGGGCCGUGAAUGGCAUCGCAAGUGCUUCAAGUGCCGCGACUGCACCAAGACUUUGGACUCCAUCAUUGCUUGCGACGGACCUGAUUCCGAGGUUUACUGCAAAACUUGCUACGGCAAGAAAUGGGGCCCUCACGGCUAUGGUUUUGCCUGUGGCUCCGGCUUCCUUCAGACCGACGGCUUAACCGAGGAAGAAAUUUCCGCCAGCCGUCCUUAUUACAACCCUGAUACCACCUCCAUCAAGGCGCCUAAGGGCCAGGGUUGCCCUCGUUGCGGCGGUAUGGUCUUCGCCGCUGAACAACAACUCGCUAAGGGCACGAUGUGGCACAAGAAAUGUUUCAACUGUGCAGAAUGCCACCGACCUCUGGAUUCAAUGUUAGCUUGUGACGGCCCCGACAAGGAGAUUCACUGCCGUGCUUGCUACGCCAAGCUCUUUGGACCUAGAGGAUUUGGAUAUGGCCAUGCCCCUACUCUUGUCUCCUGUGACUCUGAGCCCGCUAUUACAUACACGGAGCAGCUUCCUUUCACUGGCCAGAAAGCAGCCAAGGGGCAGGGCUGCCCUCGUUGUGGGUUCCCAGUCUAUGCUGCUGAACAAAUGCACUCCAAGAAUGGCACAUGGCACAAACGGUGCUUCUCAUGUGCGGAAUGCCAUAGAUCUCUUGAUUCAACCAACUUAAACGACGGACCCAACGGAGAAAUUUACUGCCGAAGUUGUUACGGCAGGAACUUUGGUCCUAAGGGUGUAGGUUUCGGAAUGGGCGCAGGCACAUUGACCAUGGCAUAAUGGAACUAUGAAGCUGGUCUUUAUAGGAACCAUUUAGAUAUAAUGGUAGCAUGAAAGGAAUCUAAUCUAAUGUAUGUUGCUACCUAGCUUGACAGACUAUCAUACCAUGUAUUAAACUGGCUUUAAUAAUGGUUGAUACUUACUUUCAAUGAGACUAAUACCUAAAAUAAAUGGUAAUAAAGUUAAUGGCCAAUGAACACAAAUAUUUUGUCACGAAAGUAUAAAUUAAAGGUUACAUUCCUUUCAUAAUAAUAAUGUACAAAUUGUGAUGAAUGUGUCUGGGCCCUUAGUUUACAGAUUCGUUAUAAAAUAUUGUAGUAGGUACAUAAGGUAAUAGACUUAAUGUAGGUAUGUAAGAGGUAUAAAUAAUUUGUAAUACAGCAAGAUAAAAAAAAUAAAAAACAAAAAAAAAAUAUUAACGGCAUUGUGAUUACAUGUACCUUAUAUUUAUCACACUGUGAUAUGAAGGUAUGUGCAAGACAAAAAACUAUCCUGUAAACGCGGAUAAGAUUGCAAAUAAUUGUAAUCGUUUCGACCGACCAGAUCUUAUGUGCAAGAUCUGAAGCGUCUAUUCUAUACAUAUUUUUAUACACCAAAGAUUUUUGUACAUAAUAUUGUAAUUUACACGAGCGCACAAGUUGCACUACGGUAAAUUGUAACCACCUACGUGUAUUACGCUUUUGGAGCUUUUGCUAUAUAUAUCUAACGAACAUAUUAUGAGGAUAAUGUAAAGAUAAAAGCAGCUUUUUGCAUAAUUAUUAAAAAUAUUAAACAAAAUUUGUAUAAGUUAUAAUUUUAUUAAAUAAAUAUACGACA